AUGGACGACGCCAACCACUUCUUCGCGUUAUGUGAGUCGAUCGCGGUCCAGGAAAUCGUGGACUCUGGUGAAGUCGGAAUGGUGGAUAAUGGCCGCUAAAGGGGAGAGGCUCAAAAAAAGGCCGCAGAAAGGCAACAAAAAGAGUUCUUUUAUCGAACCUUCCAUUUUGCGAAGUUUGAAGGUCUGGUCUUUUUGGGAAAAAAAUGGCACAAGGGGGGGGCGCAAAACGGGCUAUGUCAAACAAGUGAAAGAUUUAUAAUGAGUUUUUUUCAAAUCUUUCUGGAACUUUAGAAGCGCUGCAAUUUUGGUCUCUAGUCUUCAGAAGCCCUUUUAGACCUUUUGAAUUAUUUUUGCGGAAAAGCCUUGGAAAUUGGAAACUUGGGAAAGAAAACUUGAAAAUUGACUUAUGGAAUAUCUGAUCAACUCCUAUUUUCAAGACGAUUCGGACUUGGAAAAGGACGAUGAUGUUGAUGAGCCGCCGAGAAAUUCUUCCGGAUCCGGAGAAACUCAAGCGAAGACUGUCUAUAAAAUUGGUAUGGAACUUGAAUUUCAUUAUAUGGCUGAAGAGUCAAAACACGAAAAUAUAUAUAAUUAUUUUUUCGAAAUAUUUUCUAAAAAAAAAUACAGCUGAAUUGAUUUGAAUCCUGGCCAAAUUUUUCGCAGCAAAAUCGGUCACCAUUAUCUUUGAAUACUGGAGGCAACGCUUGAAAAUCAAAAUAUCAAUUUUGAAGAACCACUGAGAACAACGCUGAGUAGUGAAGUCGUGCUGAUGAUCGACGGUCGCGAUGAGUUCAAAAGUCUGAUAGAAACUUUCGCCGUCCAUUUUCUCGGCCUCAAUAACGAGUUCGAAACGAAACUCCUCUCCUGCCAGUGUUAGUCGUUCUUUGAGAAGUUCUCAAUGACCGAAUUCUGUUCUUUAGCAUACGACGACAUCAAGAAGUUCGUUUUCAAACGGGAAGAACAGUUUUUGCCGCAAAACUUGGCCGAGAAAUUAUGGGAAAUCCCGCCGUUGGCUGAGACUUUGUGUCGGUUUGACCGUCAACUGGUUCGAGCUCUUGGCCGAGCUGCCGGGAUCAGAACUCCAGCUCCUCUGGGUUGGUGAUCAGAAAGAGGCUUCUUUCAAAAGGAAAAAAAUGAUGUAGUCGAUCCAAUGUUCAAAAAUUGAAGGGACAAGAUCAGUGAGAAAAAAAUUUUAAGUUUUUAUUUCAAUCAUAGACUUUCCCGUUGUUUUGCCAGCCGUGAAUAGGCUGCAAAAAAAGAACUGAAACUUGAAAAAUAGAGAACUUUGAGCAUUAGGCGCAGACUUGUUCUGCGCCAUUUGGGUUUAGGCUGGGUUGGAAAAAAAGGGCGUUUCGUUAAUUUAUCAUUACUUUUCGAUCAGUUGAAGAUAUUUGGGGCUUUCCAAAAUAGGAUAUUUCAAAAACUUACAGUCUGUUCCUGAAUUUUCCUUUUUUGGACAAUACUCGUCUUUCACCGCUUGAGAGAACACUUGAAAUAAGUUCGUUAAAAUUUUCGAUAAUAGUUUGAAUAUCUUAGAAAAGCCCAGAUGAUUGAAAAAGUUUGAUUUUCUUCAGAUGAAGGGAACAUGUUUAUCGAAGCGAUUGCUCAUCUUAGAAGUAAGCGAGCUUCCGUUGGAAUGCAGAAAUCGCUCGGCGAUCUGUUCAGAGAAAAGGCUGAGUACGUUUAUUUUAAUUCAUAUUGGAAAAUAACUAAAUUAUAGUUAGAAUUUUUCAAUUUUUUAGCUCAAAAAGAUCGUGUUCAAACACUUUUUGAAUCACCAGCUGAAGCUAUUUUAAGGUUCUACCUGGGCAAACUUUCAGAUUAGUAUUUCCCCAACUUACUUAGAAACAACCUCUCAGAGUUUGAACGUUCAAAAACUCUUGCUUUCUGUAAAUUAAAAAAAAAAAUUCCCAGAUUUAUAUUCUCCUUGUUAGGCUGGAUGCCGAAAACGAGAAAAGAUGCCACGAGGAAACGGCGCGGCAGCUGUCGGACUUCGACGCUAGCGAAAUGUUGAUCAACGCCAUGCAGAAGAUCGUCCUGGAUGACAUCGAAGUCGAGAGAUCUCAGUCGCGUCCGACGAGUCCGACUCGGAACUUCCGUCGGAGACUUUCCGAGGUCUCCUCCAUCAGUGACGCCGACGCCGACAGACUCGUCGAGGAAAUGUGCAAGUGCAUCGAGAGCGUCACCAUCUCCGCUGUCAGUUUGGACUUGGUUCAGAGUUGUUUGAAACUUGGCCAAGAUAACAUUUGUUAAGAGAAAAAACGGGAUCGGAAAGUUGGAAUUUCGAAGAUUUUCCAAUUUUCACUGGCCAGUAAUAAUAUUCGUUCAAAAAGACUCUAAGCAUAGGGACCAUCUAGAAAAUUAGGUCCGGAACAAUUUAGUCUUGCCGAUCAACACAAAAUGAAACAGUUUUUUGGAUUGUCAAAGUGAAAUUUAGGUAUUUUCUCUCUCUCUAGAUAGUAUUUCUCGACAGCUAACGGGUAAAAAAAGAUUAUCAGACCUUAAAAAAUACAAAAAAAUUGAAGUAUCUUUUUUCAAAUAUAUAAAAUAAUUUCGAAAGAUGCAUAAGGCGGAAAAAAAGCUUUUUUUUUGCACACAUCCUCUUUCAAGUAGGGAAAAAUUGACAAUACCUUGUAUGCCCAUUUUUUUGGAAAAAAAUUAUUAUUUUUUUGUUCUUUCUCACAUGACUUUGUGACCUUCAGAUAGUUUUGAUUCACUUUUUUUUCAGGAUGUACACGAUUUGCCAGAAGAAGCAGGAGAAGCAGAAGAAGCGCCUCCGAAAGAGGAACUCUUUUCCGAGCCUUUAGACGACGACUCCGACGAGGACAGUUUCGACGUUCUUGAAUGGUUUUCUUCACGACCUGAUGAUUCGCAGGUUCUGUAUCUUUCUUGAAUUAGAAUUUGUCCAUCGCUCUUCAAUCUAGUAGAAAAAAAAUGUUUCGUUUAUCUUUUCAGUUUGUCGAGAAGAGUAAUUACGAACCGCCGCCACGAAAAAUUCCUCGAAUUGUAAGAAUAUUUUUUUUCCCCAGCAAUUAAUUCUGAUCAAAGGACUGCUGUGACGUCACUGAAGAGGCUGCGGAUGAAUUCCUGGAUGACGAAAACGAAGAAGUGAUUGUUUUCCAGGUUUUCUUGUUACAACCAUUUUUUUCAGGAAAAGGACCUCCAAACAGAAGAAGUUGCAGAGGAUAAUUCACAGCAUGCGAGUUGGGGAAGCCGUUUACAGGAACUUCGGCAGGUUUAGUUCAGAAAAGUGCAGCUCAAAUUGUCAUUUACUUAUUCAACCUAUAACUUGAAAACAGUUUUCAAGUCACCAACCUAAAAAAAAACUUUGAGAAGCAACCGCUAACUGUUGAAAUUGUAUUAAAUUGUCAAUUCCUGACGAGAGCCUUUUUGGAAAUUUUCACAGUUUGAAAUAUUUCCAAAGCGAUAAAUUAAUAGAGAGGUUUGAAAAGUUGAGUUUUUUAAAAAUACUUUUCCAAGAGUUCUCAUUAAUUGAUUACAUAAUAUCGCUGAUCUUUUUGAAUUACAAAUCUAUUUAGGAACUUUUGAAAUCGUCCGAAAAAAAUUUUUAAAAACUUUGAAUACUUUUUUUGUAAAAAAAGAACAGGUAUAUUCACCGCAUAUGAUAAAAAGAUAAGGAGUUAAAAUAAAUUCAAGACAAAAAUGCAGUAUAAUUUCAAAUUCAGUUUUCUCUUAUCUCAGCUUCCAGGAAUUUCUUUCAUCGACUGCGUCAGCAGUCUUUCUUGGAGCACGAAUCUCUCUGGCGGAAGAUGAAAGUGAAGAGCAAAACGAAUAUUUGGAAGAAGACGAAGUGGUGGGUUAUCUCACGGGAGACGUUACUUUAUUUGGAAUCCCUGAAUCCUCCGGGAAAUUUCUCACGUCACUAUUAAGUAUGUCCUUCGCCAAUUUUUUUUCAGCUGAAAAUGAAUUUUAAAAAAUCAUCAUUUCGUCGUUAAGAGAAAUUAGCGAAAACUAUAAAUAAAUUAUCUUCCUUGUGAGUUAUAAGUUUUUUCAAAUUGGUCUUUCCAGGAGGUCCAAGCGGAAACAUUGCCAGUCGAGCCGCAGGCUCUUCCAGAUGAAGAGGAAACGAAGGUGUAUUUUGUUAAUCGUGGUAAUUUAAAGAAAUAUGUUUUUCGCUAUUCCGCAAUGAAUUAUUUUUGACUUUGUAGCGGGAAAAUUCGCUUGCUCAGAUUCAAAAAUUCGGGUGUCUCUAUAUCUUUCUUUCCUUGACCAUUCUCGCUAGUUCACAUGCUUUUUUCAUCUUUUUAUGGCAUCGGUAGGGAAAAGACAGUCAAAGCGGUCAGAGUAAUUAAAUUCGAGGAAAAUGAAGUACAGUAUGAUAAAGCCGUUAUUACUGCCUUGAAAGGCGAUGAACACAUUUUACGGUUGAUUUUUGUGAUUGCCGUGUGCUUUUUUUCAAUGAUUUUAUCUUUUUUUAAUUGAUUUUAUUAGCUGAUAAUAUUAACGAUCUAAUAGGUAUAAGAAAUCCUUCACAUUUUCCACUUUUUUUCAUGUUCCUGUUUCAAAUUGCAUAUCCUGCCACAAGUAACUACGGGUAGACGUGUAUCUAUCGCUUGUCAUUUUUGCAAAAUUCAUUUUCCAAGUUUAGCCUGAACUUCAACCUGAUGUAGUCAUACAAACACCGGCGCCUCAAGACGAUGGUUUCUGUCCCGGCCAAGUUGAUCUGGUUUUCACAUGUAUGUUCCUUAUCAAUUUACAAGUCAUUCAGCGAGAUACGAUUUCUGAAGUCGCUAAUAUACUCUCCGUCGUCCCGUCCAUUCUUACCGAUGAAAAGGUACCUUCUUUCAGAGUUUCUUUGAAAAGCUGUUUCAAAAAAUCUUUUCCAGAAAGAUGAAAAACCUGAAGUUGCCCCCGCGCCCCGUAUUAUUCGGAAGAGACGAUGUCUAUCACAAUUCGUACAACUUGAGAGUUCACAUUUCCAUUUUAGGUCCGCUGAAAAAUCCAAUCGAAGUUUUGCGAAACGUCGUGAGAUGUGUUGUGCAAAAAACGUCUACGAUAGGUUUGUUAAUGAGAUUCAUUCAAAAUUUAGAGGAAAUAGAAAGUUUUUACUAAUAAUACUUGCCGAGAUCAAAGCGAGAUCGCUGGCGGUACAUUCGCAAAAGCGUCUUGCACUGUUUUCGCGUUGCAUUUUUCAUAGAAUCGAACUCGCAUUUUGGCAAAUUUCAGUUUUGUUGGGUGAAGAAGAAACGGGAGGUGUGCUUAGAAAAUUCGAGCCCCGUAGCGCAACAGGUUGUGUGCCUGUCUACGGUCCACAGGGUCACAAGUUCGAUCCCCACACACAAGGACGGAUAUGUCACUCGAGCCAGUCCACUGAUAUCAGGAUAGGACCUCGGCUAAUCGAACUCCAACGACUUGACACGUACCCGGCAGUAUGACACUUUUAUAGUAGACGAGAAGGAAUAUUGGAAGGGUUUCUGAGGUGGCUGUGAAAUCUAAACAUGAAAUGGGUUUAUUCCAAAGAAGGAUAGUUUUAUAAAAGAAGUCGUUAGGUUUAAUUUGGUUUUGCUCUAAAUUCACUUUUUACAAUCUAAAAAGUUCAACUCGACCUCGUUACAAAACUUGAUGUUAAGAGGAAAAAAGACAAGCGAGAAACGACUUUGACGAACUCUACAAGCAGAGUUUCCGCGAUAAACGGACCAAAACCGAUCUUAAGUACGGGAAAUUGCGCUGGGUUCCAGAAUGGUUCGCACUUUACGAGGAUAUGUGCUGCAAAAUGAGGUUUCCGUUCCCCGGUGCGUUUUUUCUUUAUAAUUUAUUAAUUGGUGUUUGCUAAAAAUCGCUGUCUUCUUUUGAAGUUUAAGGAUCUGACUCCGUAGGAAAUUGUUUCGGCACUCUUAGCGAAACAGUAGGCAAAUCAUGAGAUGUAGACUCAAUAGCGGAGAAUUGGAAAAAAAGUCUGAUUGAGUGAUAAUUACAAAUGGAAAAAAAUAAUCCUUCGUCAAUUAUGAGAUAAUUUAUUGCAGUGUCGGUUAGCCCAUUCGGAAGCUGCUUGAAGGUAUCCAAAAGUUUUUUGUGAAUUGUUCCAAUUUUCGGAUUGUUCAGGGCUCGAGGGCUACUUCAGGAAAAAAGAUGAGAGUCAAGUUUGUUGGUAAGUUUGUUUCUAAAGAAGAUGAAAUUUAAAAAUGGAAUGAAACGGAGAAAUCUCAAGGGAUUAGGUUGAUGAAACAGUAAAUUUACGAGUUUUAUUUCUUUGAGAAAUUUAGAAAAGCUCAGAGGCGAUUUGUGAAGAAGUGAUUCCGUUAUUGAUGGAAUCUUUUCACAAAAAAAUUUGGAUUUAAAAGUUUUCAUUCAGUUUUAGAAUUUUUCAAAAAUUGUUUUCUACAGCAGUUUUUUUAAAUCGAAAAAAAGAGGAAAUUCGUUUGGAGUUGUCUAAAGCUAGGUAGGAAGAAUGACCUUCUUUUUUUGACUAGUAAAAAUUUUUAGAGUUUAUGAGAAAAAAAUAUUUUGAAAAACCUUGUUGAAGCAUCAAAGUUAGCUCUCUCUCGAAACUCCCUAAAAAAAUAUAAAUAAUGAGUGAAAAAAACUGAAAAGAAACAACGUAAAGAAACAUUUGACUUCUUUUUCAGACUUCGAUGACGAGAGGAACACUAUUCGUUUCUACUUCCGCCCCAGUCUGGAGUUGCCUCGGUGAAUAAUAUUCUUUUUCGAUAUAAAUCAUAAACUUCCAUCAUUAUUUCUAUAACAAAAAACUUUGUUUUUUUGGCUCGUUCCAUCUUAAAAAUGAAGGAAAAUUUCAUAUCUUUCAAACUUCAUUCGCAACCGCCUAAAACAUUCUGACCUGCUCCGCUCUUUUUCUCUCACCAUCUUUCAAAAAAAAAAGUUUUUGUUUCUAGUGGUGAAUGAGAUGAAAAGAAACCCUUUUUCUGACAAACUUAUGUGUCUUCCACAAAACUAACCCUAAAUUGUUUGAGAUUGGAUCCUAGCCAAAGUUUUUGCGUGCCUGUGGACGAUGGAUGUUCAUUUUACACAGUGAGGAGGAAUGGAAUUCGAAUUUUUGAAAGAAGUCCCUUUUAAGGAUGCUUCAAUGAACCUAGGGACACGUUAUUACCGUCUCCAGCGUCCAACUUUUCUGAAAUCCGGAUACCGAAAAACCGACAUACCUGAGGUAUUGUACUAUACUUUGAUUUUCAACUUCGUAUCAGGAGACCAUUUUUGGUCGACUUUUUACGCUUGAAAGCAUUAAAAAUAAAUCAGCGCAGUUCUAUUACUGAAUCAAGUACCCAAGUAUUUGAGAUUCCCAUCAUUGAAGACUACGUUCAACGAAAACUCGCCUAUGAUCGGUGCACGUCGUUGUUCGUCGUGAUUCCAUAUUACUCGAAAGGAAUCAAACCCGUCUACGACAUUUCCGGAUUCGAUUCUUUCGCCGAAAGACAUCACUGCUUGUUCAGCGCCCUCGGCAGAACUUACGACGACUCUCAGGUUUUCUUUUUGAUCAUAUUAUAUUUAAAAAAAGGAUGUGGAAGCAGACGUGGUCCAUAUUCUGUUUAUGUUAAAGCGCCUAAUUUCUCCCCAUGGCUACAGUAUCAUUCGCGUCGAUGCGCUCUGUUUAUUUAUUUUGUAGUUCUUAAUCUCUUUUCAGAAUGAUUUGACGAACUAGCAAUUAUCCAGAAACCUUUCUAUUUUUUAAUAUCUUUUUCAUGAUGACCACCAGAAAAUCUGACAAUGAUCCUUCUAUAUCGCUGCAUUUUUGAUUUUUUUUUUCUGAAUGUUAAAAACACUCCUAUCAGGAAAUAAAAAGUGAUCACUAUAUAAGUCUUUUGAUUUUCUGAUUUAUGGGAGAAUUAAUAAGACAACAUUGAUGGCUAUAUUCCCUGCCAAGAAAGGCCUGCCAACAUACGUAUUUCCAAAAAAUUUCUAAUGCGGGUAAUAGUCGAUAUUGUGCCAUCCAUUCAAUAGCCAGAAAGCAAGCCAAACAGUUCCUGAACUUCAGCUGGCAACACUGGGAAACGUUCUGCUUGAAAGACUUAUCUCCGUCUUCGCCGUCACCUCGUACAAGCCUUACAUCGACUCGAGCAGACGCAAAAGCAUUCAAGCAUCUAUCCGAUACAAGGGCCUUGGCGACAUGGCUAGUCAGUUUCCUUCAUUUCUUCUCCGUUCCCAUCAAAAGUUGGAAAGCAGGAAAACUUUUAAAAAAACCUUACAAUAAAGGAGAAUUGACUCAAGUGAGUCGAUUUCUCUCUUCUUUUUUUUUUUGAGAGUUCCUAUUCACUAUACCCAAAAAAACAGUAAAAUUUCUGCGUCUUUUUCUCUUUUUCAAGUUAAUCCACCUCAAAGAUAUCUCUUUUUUUUCAGGUAUUCUGGUGAUUGGCGACUCUUUCCUGGCCGAUUUCCGGAAAGACGUUUUCACGAACGUCGAAAUAUCGCUUAUCCCCAUUCAUAUUGAGAAACGAGCCCUGUUCGUUUAUUCAUUCAUUUAUUUCGAACGGUUUUAGUAAGGCCUGAAGACGCAACUCUCAAACAAAAACAGAAAUUUUCAAUAGGAAUUUCUUUUGACUUUUUUUCUUAUGGAACUUCAUUUCUGGUGUUUAAAGAGGACAAGAGGACAGUAAAAAAAUAACCCUUUAGUUUUCCAAAUAUUCGUAACCUGGUUACUGUAGCGCAAAAAUUUACUCCUACUGCUUCCAAAAAAAAAAACCCUUUUCACAGGUUUUUUGAAUAAGUUUGACCGCAAUUUUUUUCGACUUUAUAAACACAAAAAAAAUUUUUUUUAACAAGUUAGUGUGCAAAGUAUAACCUUACACGACUUGGACAAAAAAACGAAAAUUUCUAAGUCUCUCGAAAUCAUGCGUUAUCUUCUUCAAAUCAUUUAUUUGGUCCCUGAAAUAUUGGUGCAAGGGAGCCGGAAAUCGACUAUAUCAUUUCGAAAACAUAAAUAAAUUUUCAACCAGGCAAGAAUUCCAUUUUUAAUAUUUUUAGGCUUUCAAGUCCAAAUACAAAAAAAAACCGAAAAGAAAAAAAUUUUUUUUUAACGCAUUAGAAAUUUGAGUAGCAGCAAAUUUGAAUUUGCAGGGAUAUCCUGCAAGUCGUUUUGUACAAGGUCCUGUCCCACACGGAGACCUUCAUCGAAAAGAUCGUUUUCGCCUUCAGCGCAGAAAACCUCACAGAGCAGAACAUUGAAGAUUUUGUCGAGUUGUUUCAAUUUCAACUUCCAAUAUUUCGCCUUCUUAUUUACAGUUUCAUUCGAUUUCUGAACGUCAUCCUCUCCGUGGCGGCGAAAUUCAAAAAACAACCUUUGGUCAAACUUUUCUGGAUGCAUCCUUUCGUAUGUCUUUCUCUUGAUAGAAGAAUAAUUCAUAUAGCUUUGAAAUGCGAAAAAUGAUGAAUGGCAUUCGUUUAAACCUUGUUUUUCAGGAACAAAGAGAGUUUGAUGGACGGAAGCUCUACCGACAGAACUUUCGAAAUGAAAAGUUUGAUUUCUUAUUCAAAACUUUGUGAUGUUUUGAAAAGUUGCUAUUUUUUAAAGCCUUAUUUUUAUGGGCAUAUAUUCAGUUUGCUUGAUAUUGAUCGAGAUUCCGUGGGCUAGAAGUAAAUCUGAAACCAGAAUUUUUCAUUUGACCCUCGAAUCCUGUAAAAAUAUAACGUCGAAGUGGAAGAAAACCUUCCAUUUCCACCUUUUUCUUUUUUUUUCGCUCUUUUCCUCAGUUCUCUUUGAUUUCACAAACUUCUCUUCUUUAGGAUCGUGUUUCAGUUUUUCUUUUAAGUCCGAGUCUUUCUACAAAUGCAGCCCAAAAAACUAAAAGCUCGCAAACUUUUGGGCGGUACUGUAAUCUUGAGUAAAAUCCAAACGACCUUGAAAAGACCAAAAAAAAAAGAGUGGAAAGCUCCUUCUUGAACUCCUGAAAAGGUGUCAAAAGUUUCUCGGAAUCUUUUUUUUUCCGCGUUAUUCUUUUUUUUCUCGAAUAAAGACGCAUGUGAGGUUUUUUUUUCCACAUGUUCUUUUUAUGUCCUUCUGGACUUUGACCGUGAUAACGCAGUCGUAAUAAGAAGUGCUAUAAGAAACAUUUUCUUCUCUUAGAAAUCAUUUUUGUUUGCGGCCUAUGAGCCUUGAACAUUUUGAGCUCGCUUGUCUCAAUUUCUGACUCAGGAUCGUUGUUCUGGACGUUUGGCGGUUCUACAAAGCUCCUCGUCUGCGAGCAGAGCCAGAAGAGAAGGCGCCAAAAAAGAAAGGGCGACUUUCGAAGGAACAAAUGAGGGAAAUCGAGGAAAGAACGAAGAGAAAUAGCGCCAAAGUGAAGGAAGCAUUGUACGUUUCACUUGCCUUUUCCCAAGAAAAUUGAAAUCGAGCCCAGAGAUUUUUCAGGCUGUCGGCGUUCGUCCACCUGCUGCGUAAACGGGUCGGCGCCACCGUCGCCGGUCAAUUUUUCAAAGUUGCUCCGCGAAAAGUCACGGAUUACAGUGAAGACAAGGACUAUCCGCCUCAAAAAUAA